AUGUAUCCCAAGCCCGAACUACACGCUGAGACACGCAUAGUGAUCAGCCCCAUUGCAGCUCCCUCCAUUAUGGGCCUGUUCGGCUACGGAUCGGCUGCAAUGGUGACCGGGUCAUGGCUGGCCGGGUGGUGGGGCGACGCCAGCUCUCCCUUCUACUUCGCUCCGUUCGUGCUCCUGUACGGCGGAAUCGUGCAACUACUCGCCGCCCUAUGGGACGCGUUGGCUGUCGGUAUGCACUCGGCCUGGGGCUCGUACUGGACCGCAUACGGCAUCCUGCAGCUCUUGAUUGGGCUGUUGGCCCCACCGCCGGACAACUUCGGGGCGUUUGCCAUCUGGUUCGUACCGCUUGCUGCCAUCACAUGGAUAGGAACCAUCUUGUCCCUGACGCAGAGCAUCGGGUUGGCAGCCGUGCUGGGCACGCUGGCCCUGUCAUCCACACUCUUUGCUGUCGGGAACUGGCGUAUUCUGACUUGUGUCCUCCGUACGCCCAAGGUGAGCGGGUAUACGGUCGUGGUGAAUCGGGUGGGCGGCUACGUCCUCUUCAUCUCGUCCAUCUUGGCCCUCUACGUCGGCACCGCCCUCAUGGUGGCCAACGAGACCGGCUACGUGUUCCCUCCCGUGUUUGUGAUGCCCAAGUCACGGCGCAGGGUGCCCGUGGCCACUGGUGCUGGCGAGCCCGGAGUCAAGAAGGGACAAUAA